UAUUUCUGAUGAAAUCUCUCCCUCGGUCGGCGCCUGAACUGUACAGCUACGGACAAACCCAGAAGAAAGGAAGUCGUGAAUGUUGAAAGCUUCUUUUAAAACUCACAGACCAUAAUAAUACGUUGUAGUGACUUAUAGAUUUAGUGAAUUCAAGUAAUAACCAUAGUCAAUCGGCAUACUGCCGCGUUCAACGUUCAUUUCGCGUAUUACCAGCUAAUCCAACGUCACAGCCGUCGAAAGGUUUUCAAGCUAACGUGGGGAAUCUGCUUUAUAUUUAAAAUGGCCAGUUUUUCAGUGUUUCAUCUGGAUUCUUGCUGUAAGUCGACGUCCGAUUCGUCUUUUCUUUCUGCCUAUAUUACUGGAAAGUUCACAACUCGAAAGACCUCUGUUAAUCUUCAGCAAAAUGCCAUCAGUGUAAAUCCCGCGGUCGCGGACAAUAUGGACGUCGAUAUGCACUGUGGUUUUACAUGGAGAGCUAACCUUAACCGGCAUGGUGUUCAACAUUAAGAAGAUGGAUCAUAAGAAGAAAUAGAUUUUCGGAGAGAUAGAGGAUGCAUCACAAAUCACACAUGGACUAUGUUGAGUCGUAUUGUUAAUGUUUCAGUUGAACUCAAUUGACUCAAGUGCUAUCUACGGUACGGAAUUCCAGUAACGUUAGCUAACGUCUAUGUAUUUAGUAGGUCAGCUAGUUCACAUUAGCUUGGAGGAAUAAGUUCGCUAACGUGCCAGCAAGAGCUAUCUUAGUUAUCCUAUUAGGGGAAAUAUUCUAAGUAUUUAAGCUAAGCUACCAAUGGGGUGGUUACUUUUAAGAAGUUUCCAUAAGAUAGCGUGAUUGGACAUCUUUAUUAAUGUGUCUUGACGAACAAUAGUAUUCUAGCCGUAUGGCUGUAAACUAACACACAGUAUGUUUGCACGACCUAGCUAUCUUCGUUAACGUCAGCUAGCUCAAGAGUUUCCAUAUGGCACGUUCUAGUGCCUGUUUGACAGGAACCACUAAUAUAGCUUGAAACAAGACACGUCUUGUCAGGGCGUUAUUACAUUACAUUAGAUUUUUUGGUAUGUUAAAUAUGGAUUCAGAGCGACACUACUCAAGGGGGAAACCGACCUCCUCCCUCGCGGGCGGCGGGGUCACGUCAGUCCGACAUGAGAGUGCCGAGAGGUCGUGGAUGGACUUACUAUCUUUUGUAUCGCGACCGGCCUGGUCAAUUUUGCAGAGAUACUUGCCAGGUAACUCGUUGUCUGCAUCCAAACCACACAGUCAACUGUGGGACACGGAACGAUUCGACCAGAAGCUAGGUUUUGGACUAACACGACUUGAAGACACGCGAUCAGAUUUACAACCACAUCUUCUCCACUGCGAACAUAUUGACAGUGGGUUGCGUCCAUCAGUCGAGGUUGGAGCAGUGACUUGGUUGACAGAAGAUAGCCUCUCCGAGAUAGGUAUUCAAAAUAUUGCUGAUAAUGGUACAUCCCAAGCAACGCGUGGAUACCUGUCAUCAGCAAGGAACUUUUUUAGUCAGUUUUUCAUGCUCAACGUUGUCUCAACUCAGGAAGUGAAGCGCUCGCAGAGUGGUUUGUUGGGCGGCGGAGCUGCCUCUGAUGGCGCCAACAGCUGUGUGUCAGUGUUGUCUUGGAGCAGAGAAACGGCCUUGGUGGCGGGCACGAGUGAUGCUAACUAUCACAGCGGCGGCCUUUGUCAUUUAGCUGAGCGAACCACAAUGGCUUCUGUUGCCAAGCCAACCGGCCUAUUCGUACAUUGCGAUGAUGGGAGCUCAAAGCACAGCGAAAGCGCUGGACACUGUUGCCACAAAGCAACCUCAGACAAUGACAGCCUUCACAUGCUCAGGCCAGUUUCGCUACCAAGCCAGCAGCAGCUACGUGACCAGGCAAACGCCGUUAGUCUUCUUGGGGACAUUGGUGUCAUCUGUGCCAGCGGUUGCGAGGUGGUUCUUCUGACCCCAGAGCAGGAUAAUGGCUAUUCGAGUUUGGAAGAGGAGCUCUCCAACUCCAGGCUUCCGAGCAUGAGAAGGGCUGGAGAGGAGCAGUUAGUGGCCGACUCAGAGGCAGACGGGGAGGCACAGCAGCACAGCCCCACAGAAAAGCAGCCAGAGUUGCAGAGGGAAACUCAGGACCAGCAGCCAGAGGAGUUAUGUGAGGAGAAGCAGCAGCAGCUAGAGGAGGAUGACCAGGCUGGCACAGAACAGGGAGAGGUGUCUGCAGCACCUGAGGAGCAGAGGCAGUCGGCAGCAUCAGAGGAAGUGGCAGAAUCAUCUCAGGAGACGCCAUGUAAGAACAAGGCUAUUGCUUACAUAAUGGGCAGCCCUUGCAGUGAUGACAGCUCGUCAGGGGAAGACUCAGAUGAGGACAGUGAUGGUAGUGAGGAGGAGGCAGAGGAGGAGGAGGAUGAUGAUGGUUUCAACAGUGAGGGCUCAUCUUGCUUGUCUGACUCUGAUAGCAGUGAGGAGGAGGAGGAAGAAGAUGAGGACGACGACUAUGAUGAGCAGUCGGAUGCUGAAGAGUUUAAUGUGGAGACGGAGCGCCUGUGGAACUCCCUGUGCCAAAACAGAGACCCUUACAACCCACGCAACUUCACCGCCUCCAUCUGCACAACACCCAGGAGCUCUCAGGCUCCUCCGGAGUCCUCUCCUGCCCCACUGCUCUCCACUUCCCCUCUGUCCGCCUCUCCUCUCUCCAUACGCCCCCUCUCCACCUCUCCGUUCUCGGCCUCCCCCCUGUCCACAUCUCCCCCCUCUGCUCCAGACGGCUCCUGUGGAAGCGGCGAGGAGGGGGAUGAGGCCGAGAGCCUGAGGCUGUGGGACUCGUUCAGCUGCUCUUCAGACCCGUACAACCCCUUCAACUUCCAGGCCACCCUCAGGACUCAAUCGCCCCCCGCGGGGAGCUCUGGCAAGGCCUGCUCGGUGCCACGCUACCAGAAGGAGCAGGCCGAGGAGCGCCAGGACAGCGGCUUUGGGGACGAGACGCCCGCGCCACCCACGAGCGCUCUUCCCUGCCGUAAGCUUAGGAAGGUACGGUUUUGUGAAGAGGUGGAGGAAUUCUACACCAGCGGCGACGAGGACCGCCACGGGCCGUGGGAGGAGUACGCGCGGGACCGCUGCCGCUUCCAGCGUCGCGUGACGGAGGUGGAGGAGAGCAUCUCCUUCUGUCUGGAGCCGGCCUUCCGCCUGCGGGUCCUCCACAGGCUGCAGCUCAGCUGAGCACGGCUCUCUCCCUCUGGAUGCUGAUGCUCUCUUAUAUGUGGACAGACAUGGACUGAUGUUUUGAUGUCAUUGUAUGAAAACCUUGAAAACGCAGCGGAAUAAUGAAGGGUGUUUUUGGGGUGACAGUAUAUAAAGGUGUGAAAGGGCUGUAGAGUCACAGCUCAGGGCAGCUCCUCACUGUUGGCUCCAGUGCAGUUCUUUUCUUUCCCCUUUCAUGUCUUGCUUGCUGGAACCCCCACACACACACACAUGCACACACUCACACACACACACUCAGACACAAACGCACGUACACACACCACCACCGUACUCACCAGCCUUACGACACAGCAGGGUAUGAAACUGCUCAUUGCAGCAUCAUUAAAGUCUGAGGGUUAGUCAUAUCAAUUAAAUUAUUUGGUUAAAGGAAGGUAACAUAUCCAUAAAUCAUAACCACACAAACAACCACACAACUUUAAAUUCUGGAUCAUCUCCAUUGAACUUUAAAUUCUAUAUCAUCUCCAUUGAUAUAAAAAAAGAAAUGGAACACUUAAGCAUCAGUGAUUUGUGUGAAAUUCAAAGGAAUUGAGGGAAUUUUAAAAUGUUCCAAGGCAUUCUGUUGUGUUGUGUCCCUCAUUUGUAUUGAGUCCCUCACAGGCUAAUUGAAAAGCCAAAGAGAAAAGCCAGUCUGGCCGAGUAGGAGUGUUGGAAGGUAAAAUUAUAAAUUCAGACCACUCAGCAGUAUUUACACGUCUGUUUGAAGCAGCAUGUCUGUAUUUAACUGUGUUAAAGAGUUAAGGCUCAUGGGUGAGAGCGAGAGAGAGAGAGUAGGGAACACUGUUGCAUGACCCACCUCCCCUCCCUCCCCCUCUCUGCCACAGCACCAUUGGAGAGUAAGCCAGCAGCGUUUUGAAUAUCUGUGGAAUCCACUGUGAUGUAGUGAACCAGUGAUCGGAGUGUUAGGGACGGGUGGGGGUGGGCUCAUAAUCGCAGGUGCAUGGGUUUGGAAGGUCGUUGGGAAAUCUUAUCAUAUGCUUGAUGUUAUAAGCAUAUAGUAACCUUUUUGAUUUUCUUUUUCUGUCAGAACAACUAAUAUAAUUAUAACAAUUGUUUUAUUUUUGUAAAAAAAAGUACAAAGUACAUAUAUUUAUGUAAAUAUACAUACAUAUAUAUCCACAUAUAGGAGUAUUGUACUGCAUUUGUGUGGGGUUUUGUGACUAAUAAGAUUGGUCCUUGAUUGAUUUGAUUUAAUACAAAUAAAUUAUGAAUGGAA